AAAUUCUCUUUCCCACCCAUUCUAUCCAAGAACUACACAUCUUUUGACAUGUAGAUGCAAGGUAUCAAUAAAAUCCAAGAACUACACAUCUUUUGACAUGUAGAUGCAAGGAAGGUGGGCACUCUGAGUUACGUAAUCAUCAUGGUGGGUAUGCAAGGAUCUCUCAUCAUUGGCUUUCUGCUGGUGGGCAUCCGUCUCUCUGUUUCAGUGCCCAUGCCCAUGGCAUCUGAGAGUUUCGGUUCCUCUCGUAAAGGGAAGGCCUUCGGCAGUAGAAAUUCUUCUUUUAAAACAUGGAGUGCAAAAGUGAAAUUGUAGACUGAAUAACAUUGCACAUUUUUCACGAUCCAAUUACAACCUUAAAAUGACAUUGCCAUCUACCAGUCAUCUGAAUCUCGGAGAAUUGUGUAGGGAAGGCCAGUUGAAGGAGGCGUUGCACAUUUUGCUUUCUACACACCACCACCCUAGAGAUUCCUUUACAUAUCUUCAAUUAUUGCAGACCUGCAUUCUCAAGAAUACCCUUUCACAAGGAAAAAAGGUACACUCUUUCAUCGCUCAGAGGGGAUUCGCAUUUGUUUUAUGGACAACUUUUCAGAAUAAGCUUAUUAACAUGUAUGUCAAGUGCGGGAGCUUGGUAGAUGCGCGUAAAGCGUUUGAUCUUAUGACAGUACAAGAUGUUAUCUCAUGGAAUACGAUUAUUGCAGCAUACCGAAGAAUCGGGAAUCCUCAUGAGGCAGUCACCCUGUUUCACCAAAUGCAACGAACAGGUCUCCAACCCGAUCAUAUCACAUUUGUUAGCGUACUCCCAGCCUUUGCCAAAAUGGGAGCUUUGGAACAGGGCAUUGAUAUCCACCAAAGCAUUAAGGGUACGGGAAUUUUGUCAAACGUUGUAGUGGUAACAUCCCUAAUAGACAUGUAUGCUAAAUGUGGAAGCAUGGACAAGGCACAUGAGCUGUUUGACGGAAUGCCUCGAAGAGAUGUCAUCUCAUGGACUACAAUUAUUGCAGGAUAUGCACAAAAUGGGUUUGUUGAAAAGGCCUUAGAAACUUUCAAGCAAAUGGAAUUGGCAGGUGUAAAGCCAAAUUCGACAACCUUUGCCAGCAUCCUCCCUGCCUGCGCCAAAAUGGGAGCUUUGAAACAUGGUAUGGACAUUCAUCAAAGCAUAACGGAAGGGGGAUUUUCUUCAGAUGUUGUAGUUUCAAGUUGCCUGGUAGACAUGUAUGCAAAAUGUGGAUGCAUAGACAAGGCACGAGAAUUGUUUGACAGAAUUCCUCAAAGAGAUGUGGUCUCAUGGAAUGCAAUGAUUGCAGGAUAUGUUCAAAAUGAGUUUGUUGAAAAGGCUUUCGAAAUUUUCAAGCAAAUGCAAUCGGCAGGCGUAAAGCCAAAUUCUACAACCUUUGCCACCAUCCUUCCUGCCUGUGCUAAAAUGGGAGCUUUGGAACAGGGUAUGGACAUCCAUCAAAGGAUAACAGACGGGGGGGUUUUGUCAGAUGCUGUAGUUGCAAGUGCCCUUGUCCACAUGUAUGCAAAAUGUGGAAGCAUAGGGAAAGCAAGUAAAUUGUUUGAUGGAAUGCUUAAAAGAGAUGUCGUUUCAUGGAAUGCAAUGAUUGUAGGAUAUGCACAAAAUGGGCUUGUUGAAAAAGCUUUAGCAACUUUCAAGCAAAUGGAGUUGGCAGGUGUAAAGCCAAAUACGACAACUUUCGCCAGCAUCCUUCCAGCUUGUGCCAAAAUGGGAGCUUUGGAAAAGGGUAUGGAAAUCCAUCAGAAGAUAGUGGAAGGGGGAUUUUUCUCAGAUGUUGUAGUUGCAAGUGCCUUGGUAGACAUGUAUGCCAAGUGUGGAAGCAUAGUUAAGGCACGUGAACUGUUUGACGAAAUGCCUCAAAGAAAUGUUGUCUCAUGGAAUGCGCUGAUUGCAGGAUAUGUUCAGAAUGGGUUUGGUGAAAAGGCCUUAGAAACUUUUAAGGAAAUGCGACUGGUGGGUGUAGAGCCAUACUCCUCAACCUGGGCCAGCAUCAUCCCUGCCUGUGCUCAAAUUGGAGCAUUGGAACUGGGAACAGCCAUCCAUCAAAUCAUAAUUGAAAGUGGAUUUUUUUCAGAUAUUAUAGUUGGAAAUGCUCUGGUCGACAUGUACGCAAAAUGUGGCAGCAUGCAUAAGGCACGUGAACUCUUUGACAAAAUGCCUCAAAGAAAUGUUGUCUCGUGGACUGCAAUGAUUGUAGGAUAUGCACAAAAUGGAUUGGUUGAAAAGGCUUUAGAAACUUUCAAGCAGAUGCAAGCGGUAGGUGUAGAACCAAACUCAACAACCUUUGCUAGCAUCCUUCCAGCCUGUGCCAAAAUGGGAGCUUUGGAACAGGGUAUGGACAUCCAUCAAAGCAUAAUGGAAGGUGGUUUUUUGUCAGAUGUUGUAGUUGCAAGCGCCCUGGUAGACAUGUAUGCAAAAUGUGGAAGCAUAGACAAGGCACGUGAACUGUUUGACAAAAUGCCUCAGAGAAAUGUGGUCUCAUGGAAUGGCAUGAUUGCCGGAUAUGCGCAAAAUGGAGUUUGCAAGGAUGCUCUCAAAAUCUUUGAAUUAAUGAAGCAGUCUGGAACACAUCCUGACAUUGUAAGCUUUGCUUGUGUUCUAUUUGCAUGCAGCCAUGCAGGUUUAGUGGAUGAGGGUUGUACAUACUUCAGUCACAUGAGUAACACUUACUGCAUAACACCUACAGUUGAUCAUUAUGUGUGCAUGGUUGAUCUUCUUGCCCGUGCUGGCUAUCUUGACGAUACCCUAACCUUUAUCAUUAAGAUGCCAGCUAAACCUGUGGUGGUUGUGUGGAUGUGUUUUCUUGGCGCCUGUAGAACACAUAUGAAUAUGGGCUUAGGAGUAUUUACAGCGACACUUCUUUUUUAUUUGGAUCCUAAAAACGCUGCGACUUAUGUUCUUCUCUCAAACAUCUAUGCAGACGUGGGCAGGUGGGGUGAGGUUCAAAUGGUAAGGAGAUUGAUGAAAGAUAGAGGAAUUAAGAAAACCCCAGGAUGUAGUUGGAUUGAAGAACACAAAAUGGUACAUUCUUUUCGUGCAGGAGACAGGUCACACCCACAAACACAAGAGAUCUAUGCAAAGUUAGAGAAAUUGGAUUGGGAAAUGAAGGCAGCAGGGUAUUUUCCAGAGUCAUCACAUUCACUUAAUGAUGUGGAAGAAGAGGAAAAAGAAUUGUUUCUCUGCCAUCAUAGUGAAAAGUUGGCAAUUGCAUUUGGUUUGUUAAACAUACCCUCUGGAACUACUAUAAGAGUUGUUAAGAACCUUCGAGUAUGUGCUGAUUGUCACACUGCAACGAAAUUUAUCUCCAAAAUUGUUGGAAGAGAAAUUGUCGUGAGAGAUGUGAACCGUUUCCAUCAUUUUAAACAGGGACAGUGUUCUUGUGGAGAUUUUUGGUGAUGCUAAAUGAAGCAAUUUGAAAAAUAGAUUUACACUAUAAUGAUAUCCACUGUAUCAAACCUAUAGUAAUCAUGAAGGAAUCGAGUUCUAAUUUCAGUUUCUAACA